CCCGAAAACUCUGUCGUCAACCGCCUUCCUUCAUCACAUCUACGUCAAGGGCAGGCAUAUAAGAACUCGAUGGCUCCGCUCAUGCCAUCGAGAACCAUCAACGUACAGUCGGACAGUGUUAUCAGUGACUCACGAUGCCUCUCACGCAAGAAACAUUCGACUUUCUCUUUCACCAUGUCGUUCUACCCCCAAAGCUACCACAGGAGCAUGACGAAGAUGAAACAGAGAAUGGAGUGCCUCAAGAGAGGGAACUGCACGAGUAUGUUCUGGCAGUUCUCCAGGACUACCUCAGCAAGAGCCCGUCGGAAUCCAGAGCGGGGUUGAAUCUCACUCAUGGGAUGCUGCAGAACUGGCUGGAGAUCCAGAAACCAGCUGGGCCCUGCGAACAAGCUCUAGCGCAGAAGCUAUCCGACCUUCGACUCGAUGGCGCCAUCGCUGUCUAUAUUCGCGCCCAAAAUUGCGGUUGGAUAGGAUUCCAUGAUACAACGCAGAAAAAAGCAUCACCGCUUGCGAAGGAUGUGCUGUCUGCCCAAGGGAGCCUACUUCGCCGUUUCCCCGGACAGAGUGUGGCUAUACCCAGCGACAGGCUGAGCGAGGCGACGGACCUGACAAGGCUUUCCACUGAGGUUGUGGACGAGAUGAGUCCAACUUCUACGAAGGCCGGUAGAACGCUGCCAGAGGAGAGAGAUACUGCACAUCCUGGUCUGGUUACUGAGUCUUUCGGCGAACGAAACAAGUGGCCGUCAUUCGAGAAGCAUAUGCGUGAUGAGGUCAACUGGAAGAGUAGCAAGCUCCCCUGGCGACGAUCGCCUUAUUGGUUUGUCAUGCGCGUUGCCCUGCAGACGAUUCUUCGUCGCGCCUUCCCCGAGGACGAGGGGCAAUUGCAGUUCAAAAAUUUCAUGCUCUACCUCGUUGCAAGGCUCGGACUCCAGGCCACAAACAUGCGUCCAACCGUCUCUGCCGACCAACUGGAGAUAAUUCGCAUGAAGAUCGCUCGUCGGACCUGUAAGUUGCAGAGUGCCGCCUACGAGUUCGUUGCGAAGCAGGCUCACUCCACUGUGAGGGUAAUCCUGAAAGCCCUGCAAGAUAUACAGGCCACUAUCCGCAAGUCCGAUCGAGUCGUUGUACCACAAGCAUUUCAACACACCUCAAAAGACCUUCAAAUGUCUCUCAAAAACUGUUCGGAGUAUCUCCGAAAUGCGAUGACACGAGCGCCCAGCCAAGUACAAACAUCCCAGUUCAGUCGCACCUAUCCCGCUCGAGAACCGCGUAACGCACAUGGACUUCCUACAGUUCAGGAGGACAAUCUGCCCACCAUAUUCGAUUGCGAACGCUGGGUAGAAUAUGAGCUCGGUGGCUGGACGAAUAUCUUGACACCAUCAGAGAGUCUCAGCUCCGCCCUAGCCUCGCUGUUCGGAGACUAUUAUGGGCGUGCGCGUGCGAUCUACGCUGACAAUCCGGAAGCCGUGUCAAUAAUGGUACUGACCAUGCUGGAACUGUGGAUGGCGCUCGAUCAAAUGUGCGUCAGACUUUGCCCGCUUCUGGCAGACUACUCUCCAGAGAUACCGACGAAUUUCCUCGAGCCACUGCUCUUACCACAACGUUCGCAAAUGGAGAGGGCAUACAAAGUCGAGGACUACAUUCGAAAAAGACACAGAGAUGCAGGUCAAUACCCUAGUAUUCUCCAGGAUCCGAUGCCUCAAUGCUUUGGGGCGCGCUACUAUGAUGCUUCUCAAAAGCACCAGCAGCUGCGGUUACGGAUCGAAGAGCACGCUCGACGUCAGCUCGAGAAAAAAAGGGACGAAUGGUCGGAAAAGUCGGUGAAACACAGCAAUCUGCUUAGAGAAGCCGGGAGACUCGGGUGCGAAUUCUAUUGGUCCUACGAUGGUUAUCGAAGACACAGUAUCAGUUGCAAAAAAUGUUCACUGGAAAGGCAAGCCGCUGGUAUAACUAUCAACAUCCAUGAAUGGCCGCUCCCCGAGAAUGAAACUACUCUGAAAGCUGUGGUCUUCGAGAUAGACUGCCCUCGCUGGCUCGCCGCAUGGCGUGACAUAACGUGGAAAAUGACACAAGAUCUUGGUAGAUCCGGGUUCAGCGCAGGGGUAGCUGUGGAGGAAGAUAUUCUCCGAUACAGCGAAACACGACCCUUUAUCACAGGCUUGGGUCAACGCCUGACCAUGGGCUCUACUGCAAAGUCAUUUCUACGCACACACUACAACGGGAGAAGCUUUCCCGCGAGAUUUGACGAAGUAGCACUGCCAAACGGGCUUCGGUUCAAGCUGUUAGACAAAGAUUCGCGUAUCUGGAUCACCGACCAGACAGAGGCGUCUGCUGUGAAGCAUCUAUGCACUUUGCGCUUGAGGGAAGACGUCUAUUGCAAUCUUCAAUAUGCAUUGAAAUCGUCCAAUCAUUCCGAGAACAAGGUCUUGGCCGACCAACAGAUAUGUCACAGCGCCCUGAGUCUGCAUGAAUUUGUUGCCUUUGGUCGUCUCCGGGCAGGCGAGCGUGUGCAAUGGUACAGUAUAGUCCGUGAGCUUGCAUCGUGUAAUCUCUCCAUGGAUAGUCCGUCGGUAGGGCUUCUAUUUCGUCAGGCAGCGUGGGAGCUGGGCACCUGGAGUGCCAGUACAGACUUGAGAGAGGCUCACCGAGUUUUCAGUGACCGAGACUUCGGGAAUCGACUGUUGGAGACUCUAGAGCAUCAGCUUGGAUCGAUUGAAGGAAAUUGGAACAAGUUGAACCAUCUCCAGACCUUGGUCGUACUUGCGCUUCGAGCGCUAAGCCUCUCUGCUGAGGGUCAAACAUCGGAUCACGCGGCCAGCUUCUUACGUCGUUGCCGAAAGGUUGCGAUGACAUGGGCUGAAGAUCUCAACGAAAGCCUGGAUCUUCAAAUUGGCUCCAGGAUCCAGACGCAUCGGUCAUUACUUAGCCAGGUUGGACAAGUUUGCCAGCUGACCUACGCUCUGAAGCCACGACACCAGUGCCUAGUGCUGGAAACCCCAGAGGAUAUUUUCUAUCUCGCUCGCUCCUGCAUUCUCGUAUUUGAAAACACACCUUCAGGCGAACGAACUAAGUCUCAGGCGUGGAUUCAGACAGGGCGAAUCCUCCAUGAGGCUGAGGAGCGCAGCCGUACAUUGAUCACCCAAGACCCUUCGGGUCUCACCAAUGCAAUCCACAAAAGCGUGCCGAAGAUCACAAUUACCGACCCUUGGACGUUCGGCCUGGGAAGCUCAGCAAGAUGGGCCGUGAACUAUACCUGCACCGAUGGAGAGCAAAAGCAGCAGAAGGUGCAUUAUGAUCUCCUAACCGGAGAGCUCUUGGUUGACAAUAGCCCACCUGGUCGUCUUCCAGACGAGUACAGUAACACCUCGUUGUAUAGACACAUCUUCGGAUCGCGAGUCCUAAAAGUCCUUCCAUCCAGUCUGGUUGGCUUCAGGUUCAUGGCGGUCCGCAAAUUCGGUGACUUUCAGCCGGAGAGCUCAUUAUUCAGGCUGGGCAUUGGGGGGGCUCUUUAUCGCCUGAUCCCCCCCGGAAGGCUUGAAGGUGACUUUCCACAUAAGACGGUCCUGGAGUUUCGUCCUUUUGAUGAGGCCUGGCAGCCUCAGGAGAAUUACUGGGGCUUGUGCUUUUAUCGGGUGGAAACACGACUCUCGGUCAUGCAACGGGGCAAUGCUACCAUGGUUGACAUCCGCAGCCAGCUUUAUCACGAGCUGUCUCGAAUCCUGAGCACGCUUGACGAGCCGAAACACAUGGUUGUGUAUCUGGAUUCUGACCAGUCUAUUCAAAUCGAGAUGGUUAGAUUACGCCUACGAUUCUUCAUCAACGCAGAGGGUGCGCUGCAGUCUCGCGAGCUGAGCGCCGUGGUAGAUAGUGACCAGGACAUUGGCUGCUUCUACGGGCUGCGGAACAAACUGAUUAUACGUGACACGCAAGAUCAACGGCAUCGGUCUGUGGUUGUGCCGUUUGGAAAAGUCAUAGCAGUCAAGAAAAAGCACAAUUCAAUCGUCCAUAUCGAACCCUUGUCAGAAUCGCCGCGUAUUGGAUAUUUCCGGUAUUCGCUGGACCGAUACUUGCACGUUCUUCGUGGGCCUCCAGACAUGCAGGCCACUCUUUACCAGGCUUAUGUUCAUGCCAUGACGGGCUUUGUGCUACCAGAUCCUGCCACGCAUCGAUCUGGAACAGCCGAGGCUCUGCGGAUCUUACGGCAGGCCCAGCUUCGGUCAACUAUGCCGUUGAGGUCAAGUUUUCUGGAAUUACUACGCUACCUGGCGAGACUGACUCCCUUGCGGGCGUAUUAUCCGGCACAUCUCGAAGUCAUGCAAUCGGCCGACUGGACCAAUGACUUAGGACAGAUGGCACAGCAUGAUGACUUUCUGGUUUUAGUAACUCAGAUCUUGGAUCAUGCGGCAGCCUUUUCUGAAUUUCACCCAUCCAGCGAUACUAAAACGACCACGGGAUUUCGCGAUGUGCGAAAUAGGGGGGCUCAACAUCUCCUCGAGAGGGCGCGGUCUCGUCAUAGUCACUUUCGCUGCUCUGAAUUCGGAGGAGCAUCUCAGACCACGGCGCCGCCACCGUCGUUACAUUAUGCGUCUCGUGACCGGGGAAGCGGAAGUGAUCGAAGCGGUCGUGUGUAUGAAGUCGCUUCUCUGGUUCGAGACUGGUCGUCGCAUGGCCUUCACUGCCCGGACCUUUACUCAACGGUGUCCGGUUGGGGCCAUGUCCAGGUCGGGCCUCUCCCUCUCAAGGACUAUACAUGUACUCAGCUUCUGCAGUUGUCGUUUCCAGAUACAUGGGGUGCAAUCUAUGAGUACUCACCGAUAUUUCCUACAGAUGAGUCCGAUAAGCUUCCUCUAGGGCGCGGCGAAAACUUCCUUGCAGGGGAGAUAAAGCUUGCACUCAGAGAAAAUUGCAAGUCAUUCGAAACGCCCGAGCGGAGGUGGCGAGAUUUGUGGGCAAAAGUUGACAGGGAAAGAACCCAAUUCUACAAGGAGAUAGACCAUGGGGUCCAAGAAUGUUUGCAGAAAGUAGAGGAUCAGUGGCCAUGCGAUGGACCGAAACUGCCUUGGGUAGCACACAUGGAUCAUUCACUUGCCUCUGCAGCGUGUGCCCGUCUCUGCACAACGUGGAACCACAAUCGCAUCUUUCUCAUCUUUCUUCGCCGAGUUCAAGAUCGGCUCAACUCCCACGGCGGAGUCGCAAGAGCUCCCUCGCAGCUGCCCUCGGAACCAUCGCACCCUGUUUCUGCAACCAGCCCUGCAUUCAGGCUUCCUUCGUUACUGGAUAGAGUACGAUCUUGUUUGCCGCCCUCAGCCCAAUCAUUGAUAGCAUCUAUCCAUAGCACACUUGAGCUUCGCAAUGUCAGCCACACUCGAAAUGAAUUGGGGGUGAGGUUACGUGAGAGCUUUGAAGCUAUGUUGCUACUGGUGGAUUUGAUACAACAAUGCGACGAUUGCUGGGCAGCAAUCAAGGAGACACUGUCAACCACCAAAAACCUCUCAGUCACACCCUUCACGAUGACUUCGCUUCUGGUAAUGAAGCACUGGAAGUCGGUGCCACACAUUGCCUCGCUUCAGCGAUGUGAACGAAUGUUGGUAUGCUGGGAUCAAGCUGAGGUGUCCCGAUCACAUCCUGAAUGGCUACUAUUCGAACUCGAAAACCACAUAACAAUCCGAGGCCAACAAGCGGACAUUGCCCAGCGCCUGAUCCAACCUGAUCCUCCGGGAAACGCGGUCAUACAGCUCAACAUGGGAGAAGGGAAAACCACGGUCAUCACACCAAUGGCUGCGCUGUGUCUGGCAGAUGGCUCAGAAAUCCCUCGUAUCAUCAGCUGGAACCUGCUAACGCAGCAGUUGGGUGGAAUCUUGGGUCGACCAACGUCUAUCCACAAGGGAAUGAUCCGAAAUCUGAGAACCAUUUACGAUGAGUGCAAACAGUCUCGGGGCAUUCUACUCACCCUGUCAGAGCACAUUUUGUCGUUUCGUCUGGUGGGCUUAGAUCUACUUGAGGGAUUUAUCCAGCAGACCUGCCGUAACAUCAUCGACGAGAGUGAUGAGAUUCUGGAUCCGAAGUUCCAACUGCAGUGCCUUUACGGCAGUAGCGACAGGUGGCAGAUGGCCCAGAGCUUACUCACACUGGUCGAGGACCAGGCGAGCGAACUGCACUCUCAAACUCCGACCUUUUUAGACCUGGAGCGGUGCGGUGUCCGCUACCCGAUAGCUCAUUUUCUAAAACCGGGGACUGUCGAGAUUACCCUGUUUGAAGAUGGCCUUCCUGGCCUUUCUCUUCACUGUUGGCCGCAAGAUAUCUACGAGAGCGCAUGCAGGACUCUCCGAGGCGCAUUUGGGGAAGGUGUGAUCAUGAACAGGUUGCUUUUCGCUUUAUCGGCGAAACGCUGGAACGUUGAUUACGGUCUUCACCCCUCGAGAGCCAAGGGAUUUGGGCAUCCAGAUGUGGCCGUGACUUUGACGUGUCUGAGCUAUUAUUACUCUGGUCUCUCCAUGGAACAAGAAAACGACCCUGGCGCUGAGUACUUGAAGUGGAUAGCCCGUGACAAGUCAGCCCUGCCCGAGGGUUUACGUUCGCUUACGGGGAUCCUCUACCCGCAUGUCCAGUAUCAGAAAGCAAUCCUUGACUUCUACUUGUCUCGGGAGUUCCCAUUCAAACUCAGCACUUCAGCGUGGGAUUUGCCCUCCAGGCCCCAUCAACCACUAACCACAGGGUUCAGUAGAACAAAUAAAAAUCAAACACUGCUCCCCGCCUCAGCCCCUCAGCGUGAUCUGCCGAAUCUGCUACACACCAAUGCCAUGAAUCGGGAGUGCAUUCAAGCGCAAUCCCAGCAUGGCCAGCAUAACCAGAAGCAGCCAAUCCGCGUUGUUAUUGACCUCACCAACGAAAGCGUCGCCAAGCAAUGGCUUUCACAAACCUCAACAGAUGAUGCGGAUGCAGCGAUCUACUUUGAUGACAAUGACGAAUCAGUUGUCAUUGACCGGGAGGGGCACGUCGAGAGGCUUCUGAUGGAGCGGUGCCUGCUUCCAUCGAAUUACCGAGCUGCUGUCACUUUGGGUCCACGGUUGACCAAUGCCCGACUGGUACAAGCAUGUAACCGGAUGCGCAAAUUGGGGAAUGGACAGUCGGUGGUGUUCAUCAUACCCCCGGAGGUCAGUCAUACUGUAGGCGCAGCAGGAAACUCAGUCAAGUCGGUGGAUGUGAUCCAAUGGGCCCUCAACCAGACAGCUGAUGCAUUGGAUACUCUGGGUCCCUUGUGGGCUUCACAAGGUCUACAAUAUCAUGCGCGCGUCUCCGCUUGGGACAGACUUUCAUCGGAAGGCCGGACGUUGCACGAAAUGAUUCAGGUCAUUCAAGAGCCCGAGGCCCAAAGUCUGUCGGAACUAUACGCUUCUUGGUGCACACCAAGACACAAUAGUCUGGUAGACUAUCUUGAUAAAUCUGACCCUAUGGUCCAGAGCCUACUGUUGCGCGUCAGCGAGGACCAACGGAAAGCCCUGCUACAUGAGGAGCAGGAACGAGAGAUUGGCCAUGAGGUUCAACGAGAACAGCAGGUCUUUCGUCCUCCCAAAGUACCACCCGCGUGUCAUUAUGUCCAUCCCGACAUACGGUACUUCGUCACCCAUGGAGCCUUCCCCAGCGGUCGUAUGUCCGAGGUCGAGCCCGCAUUCCGCAUCUUCCACCAUACUUCAGCCGGACGGUUCAAGUUUCCUGAAGGUUUAUGCCCAUUACUCUAUGCAACCAAGGAUCAUAUUCGUACCGUCACACACGUCGCCAACAACGUUGAUGAGAAUUUCCUCAAACCUGCGCACUGGAUUCUGUCAAAUGCACACAACUCGAACUUGCUCAUCUUGAGUCAGUAUGAAGCAAAUGAGCUUUUGGACGACAUCCGUCGUUCUUGGAAGACAAAAUUACACCUCUACGCCCCCCGGCGGUCGAAGACAAUGCGAGCCUUUGAAGGACUGGACCUUCUUACCAUAGGUGCCCGGUUUGUCAGCCAUCGAAGCCAUACGGAUACAUUACAAGAUUUGGCAUUUUUCGCCGGAAAUUUGUAUUUCGAGUCCUACCUGGCAUACAAAACGUUCCGUGCUUUCUUGGGGCUAGUGACCGAACGGUCUCGGAAUGUGCCAGCUAAGGAAGUGAGUGUUGAGGGCUUUGUCACCCCGCAAGCAAGAACGGAAUGGCCGGUUGGAUCGCCGUUUACGUCCACGCCUUUGCCUUUCUUGGGCGCCGUGCUGAAUAUUCGAAGCAAGGGGCAUGGGUAUCUUCAGACGCAUGUUGGGACAAUACUGGAAGCCGUUCCGCUUGGGCCAUCUUCUUUCGAAAACUCGCAUGUUGACAGUGGUUCACAGCCUAAAGUCUCUGUAUCCUGGCUCCGAACAUCCUGCAACAUUGCUUGAACCAGGACCUAUCCCAUUGCUGUUCCUGCCCUAGUCAUGAUUGAAGGCGAGUCGCUUAGCUGAAUGGCAGUGAAGAGGCAGAAGUGGGGGUGUGAUUGUUCCAAC